AAUACGAAGCGAAUAUAUUAUUUUGAAAACAACUACUACUUUUUUUAGAGUUGAAUUUUCGCGCCUUAAUUCUUGUUUCGAAAGUAAACAAAUUUUAUUAAACAGAUCACAAAGGCCUGUCUAAAAUAUGCCUGAAAAAAUUGAUUUGAAUGUUUGGCUGUGGAAAGACCCUGAGUGCAGAUGGAAAGAGGAUGUAGUAAAUUUUAUUAAAAAUGAUGAGCAUGAAGAUAGAGGUAUUAUUUUAUUGCAUUGCAUAGAUGUUAAGGGAUUUGAUGAGAGCCUUCCAUUAACACAUUAUGCAUUAAAUAUGGCUCAGAAGUUUAAUAUUUUUGAAAAAGAACGACUUACAUUCUUGAACUCUAAAGAUCUGUCACUAGCCUUAGAAUUAUGCCUUGGACAACUGAAAGCAGCAAAUGAUAAUUUAGAAUAUGAAGUAACAGAUGAAGAUGUAAUUCAAUUUCAUAAUAAGUAUCUAGAACAUUUUAGAGAGGUGGAUGAGAAUUCUUUUGAUAAGAAUGUUUUGCAGCUGAAAAACUUUUUGAAACAAAAUAACUGUAUUGAUUUGUGGUUUAUGAAUGAUGGACUUUCUAAAUUUAAGGCAGCAAAUAAGGAUUUCACAGAUCAUCUUACAAAAUUUAAGUUUUUAAUUUUAGGUACUCCUCAAGCAGAUAUAUUUAAAAAAAUCAUCUCUUUAAUUUCUGUGGACCAAAAUAUUUUUGAUGUGAUUAUUGAAACAUCUCUGGAUAUCAGUCUUCAUGAAAAUACAGUUUCUGAUUCUCCAGUGAGAAGUUCAUCACCUGGAAUUAACAUCAUCACAGAAGAUCUUCCUAUUGAAGAUAUUCCAGUAUUUGCCAUUGAUAAAGAACUGGGAUCUGCUUCUGAAGAAUAUGUUACAGAUGUCAUCAUUGCAUUUCUUAGUCUUCUAGUUAAUAGUCGUUAUGAAUUAGCUCUAUCUAAAGCCAUGGUAUCACCUGUUAUUGACUUAAGUCAUAAAGCUUUUACUCAAUUGAAACACCUAGCUGUUGAAAAAGAUAUGCCAAUGUGUCAGACUGCAAUUUCAUAUGUCACACGUGUAAGAUUAGGUGGAAAAGGUUAUGCUCCUCCUCCUGAUUGUCCCAUGCUCCCUCAUAUGAAAGGACUAGAAUUGUUUGUAGAUAUUCUUAACCAAAUGCAAACUGUUAUUGAAGAAGAAGUCAUUUCUUAUUCAGCUGUAAAGAAGCUUAUCAGCAUCUUAAAAAAGAAGUUGUUGAAAUGUAGUGGAGAGAAACUAAAGGAAAAUUGUGUUGAAAAAGUCGCAGAAAAUUUGAAUGCAAUAGCAAAGAAAGUAUCUGAAAUGUUUAAACCUGAGAGUUCCAAUUCUUCUCAGUUAUGUCAAGAAACUUUGGAUCUUGUGCAUUAUUUUAUUAAUUACAUUAACUGCCACUGCUGGAACACAGAUCCUAAAAAGACUUUAUCUGAAAAGCAGGUGAAAAGAACUCCACUUAAUCUGCCACCAUUAUUAGGAUAUUUUCGAUCUCCUGAGGAUGAAUUUAGUAAUGAUACCAAGUCCAUAGUCAGUGAAGAUAGUAUGGCAUCAAAUAAUUCUCUUGUAUUACAACAAGCCCCUGUGUCAUAUUUCCACUACUCUGAAAGUAGUUCGGUAUCACAGAGCUAUAUAGAUCCUCAAACACCUUCUAAAACUGAUUUUAAGGGCUGUUUGAAAGGUGAAGAGGAUACAGUACCAGAAAACAGAAGGACAUAUUCUUUAAAUGAACACGGAACUGGGACACCAACAUCUACACUGAAAAGUAGAAAGCGAUGUAUUCUAAGUGAAAUUACUAAUGAAAAUGAACAUGCUGUCAAAGAGGAAAAAUUUAUCAAACCUAAAAAUGUUAAUAAAAAACCAAAAAAUUCGGAAAUGAAGAAUACGAAGAAAAAUAUUACAGUUAAUAAAAAUGUAUUAAAGAAAGAAUCCAAAAGUAAGAAAAUACCUAAAAAAUAUCAAUUAGUUCAAGGUCAAGUGAAAAUAACUAAUUUUUUUAUUCUUGGGAAAAGGGCAUAAAGUGCUCAUUCUCAGUAUUGCACAUAGAGUUGUAAAUAUAUGUUCUCACUUAGCAUGAGUGUUUUCCAACUUAGAAGCAAAUAGUGUAUUGUAAAAUGAAAUGACUGCAAGUCCAACAGUCCUGUACCUGGUAAAUAUUGUAUAUAGUGUUGUAAAAAUGAUUUAUAUUGUAUAGAUGCAGAGGUAUGUAUUACUAAUAACUGAAGUAAACCUUACCACUUAUUUAAGCAUCAGCUUAACGUAUAAAUAACAAUAUAAUAACCCUUAGGUGAAAAUUGAUAAUGAAGAUGCUAAUGAAACAUAAACAGAGUUUAAUUUAGAGACUUUUAUAUACCUGCAGAUAAGGGUGACACUGAAUUCUGUUCUUGUGCUUUCCUAUUGUGUCCCACCUCUGACAUUUUGAAACUGUUAACAAAAGAUUUUCAAUGCAUUUAUCUUCAUAAAUCUUCAUGUAGUUGACAAAAGCAUCAUGAGUGUUUGCAUGCAAUUUUUGUAAAACAAUCAGUAUUUGAAUACAGAGAGAACCCCUCAGAGAAAUCUAGUGCCUUUUUUCAAACAUGCUGAAAUUUGUCACUAAUUACUUACAGAUGAAUAUAGAAUAUAUAUAUUAUCAAAUCUAUGACAGAGUGAUCUUUUUGUUCCAAAAAUUUGCAAGUUGAAAAGGUGUAAGUAGUGGAACACUUCUACAUUGUUAUUAUGAACUGAAGAUAAGUAUAUAAGCUUUUAUACUUAAGAAACAUGAAUUCGCAUUCUUAUAUACUUUUACAACAUGUGUAUUUAAAAAUUUUUGUCAUAUGCAGAAAAAAUCUUUUCAUAUUUUUCGGUUGAAAUUAUGUAAUUUUUUGGUAUUUAUUAAUAGGUACUGUGACAUUUCUUCAGUACCACCUUCCCUAUCAAAGACAACCUUUCAUUUUUAAAAGUGUGUAAAAAAAAAAAAAGAAAGCAUUUUGUGUGUACAUAUACCUCACCCACAACAGCAUGGAAUGUUAAAGAUAUUCCACAAGAAAAUAAUUAAAUAAUCAAUGUCAUAUCUUCAGUAAAACUGGGUAAAUAUGGGAGGAUUUCAAAUAAGAGCGGAAUUUGUAAUUCUUCAGAAUAACGAAACGUAUGUACACGAGAGAAAGUUAUUGCUAUUUCUCAUUAUUUCCCUCUGCAUUAAUGCACUCAUCCUAGCAUUUUAUUAGGUCCUUAAUACCAGUAACAUAGAAAAAUACUGCAGUACAAAGUCAAAAUCAGACUACUUGCUUCUUCUCAUCAUCAUUGAAGAAAUGCUGUACCAAACAUGCAUUAAACAUCCAGAACUCUAGGUAUUCUUAAAUACUCUGUUCAUGAUUCUCCCAGAAAGAAACAUCUGUUUUGCUAGUAGGGGCCAUAUUAUCCAUCAGUUUUCAGAUACUUGAUAUUCUAUUCUCUGAGUAUUCUCAGGAAUGAAUUCCUAGCCACAUGGGCAGAUAUCAUUGUGUAUCGAUUUAGGACCGCCUUUAAAGCAUCUGUAUUCAAAUAUUUACCACGACUAAGAGUACUUCUCAUCACGGUAUUGUGCUACAAUCUUCUGUGAUUGAAGUUCAGUCUUGUGUUUUAAUUUGCAAGAAUUUUUCUCACAGCAUUUUGUUCCACAUUUAUUCCCAGAUUUUGAUGUUACCUUGCUUGUCAAGUGUCUCAGACUUUCCCUUGGUGUUAGAACAUUAUGUAGUAAUAGUAAACACUUCUGUCUUGUAAACAUAACUAAUAGGAUGUAUUAGGAUCUCUAUGAGACAUAAUUUGACUUGAACCCCUUAUGUGUGUUUCCUUUUAAUAUGUAAGUGAAGGGAUAAGUGAUAAAUUAAACCUAUUUGCUUGUAUAUUCCCCUUCUUUUCUUUAACUAAUUUUGCCAUUUGAAAAUCUGCGGGAAAAAAUUAUGAUAUGUACAUCGGUUUUUAAUGAAGUGGUUAAAGGAGGAGUUUAACAGAUUAUAAAGAACUGUAUUCUGUAUUUUUAAGUCAUUUACAAUUAUUACCUCCAAAGCUCUUCUUUUUAAUUACACAGUGUACUUUGAUGUUUAUCCUUUUAUUAAUUGCUAUAAUUAAUUAAACUUUCUAAAUCAUAUGUAGAAAAGCAUUGGGGAAAAUAGGUGAUAAACUGAUAAAUAUGGUUUUACCUUUUUUGUUUUAAAUUUAGACUGCAUUAUGAUUUUAAAAGGGGGAAUCAUGUCUUAUAUUCAGACCAUUAACAAUAGUUUGCUAUUUUAAUCAUAAAAGACAUUUUAUAUUUAUAUUUUCACUGAAUUUAUGAAAUAUCUUUCUUGUUCAAAAAAUAGUUCUGUUUUAUUAAUUGCUUUUAAUUCAGUUUUAUAUUAAAGUAUAUCAUGUCAUUUCAUAAUAUUGAGUGUGCAAAAUAAACUUACUUCAUAAACUAAAA